ACCCGGCCCACGUGGUCGCACAGGGAAGAAUUUUACCGGGAAAUUCUUUUGUCCCAGCAACAGUACAAAAUCUGACGAGAAGUCUCAAAGUAUGUCACUAUGAAUCUGUCCUGACCCAAGCUGUGAACAAUCUGAGGAAAAUAUUUGGUGAAUCUGUCGUUUUCUGGGUAGACAGAGCGUUGCAUCAUAGGAUCGGACGACAUUCAUUUGAGUGGAAGCAGCCAUUUUGGCUCAUUUGGUCUCCGGGCGUCGUGAGGAACGGACGUGGGCUGCGCUGCUGCUAGAUGGGGGCUCCGGUUUUCCUCGUUCUCUCCUUAUUUUUGACUGGAAGUCAGUAUUUUAAAGGAUGUUUGGCGGAGUGUUCAUCAGACCAGUUCCAGUGCGGAGACGGGUCAUGUAUCCCCCAGGCCUGGAGGUGUAACACUCAGGAGAACUGUCCUGAUGGCAGCGACGAGGCAGACUGUGAGAAAACCUGGCAGUGCCACCCUUUCCACUUCCACUGUGGCAGUGGGGAGUGCAUCAAGGUCCGCUGGAGAUGUGACAGGGAACCGGACUGUCAGGACGGCUCGGAUGAGGUGGGGUGCCCAGACAUGACCCCCACUGUGUGUAGUUCAGACCAGUUCCGCUGCCUCACAGGAGACUGUGUCCCCUCCUCUGUACGGUGUGACAACAACACAGACUGCUCAGAUGGGUCAGACGAGCGAGGCUGCUACCAUUCGGAGUGCAGGGAGGACUAUUGGCAGUGUGGGACGGGGGAGUGUGUUCGAGUGGCCUGGCUGUGUGAUGGCGAGACAGACUGUAUGGACAAGAGCGAUGAAGACAACUGUACUGUAACGUGUAGCCCUACCCGAACCCUAUGUAGCAGUGGGUGCAUCCCCACAAGUUGGGUUUGCGAUGGUACAGCUGACUGCAAAGAAGGAGAGGAUGAAAGCAAUUGCACACUGUCAGAAAGGGAAGUGGGCCCAGCUGGCACAGACGGCUGUGGUGAGGACAAGUUCCCCUGUUCAGACGGGAGCUGUGUGUCGUCCAGGUGGAGGUGUGACGGCGACUUUGACUGUCCAGAUGAAAGUGACGAGGCUGGAUGUGAUGUUGCUACCAGUGGUGGGAGUGGGUGCCUGUCCCACCAGUUCCAGUGUGCCAGUGGGGAGUGUAUCGAGAGUCUGUGGCACUGUGAUGGGGAGAAGGACUGCCAGGAUGGCACGGAUGAGGACCAAUGUGGUGUGCACACCUGUCAGCCAGGCCAGGUGAUGUGUGACGACGGCCUCUGUAUCAGCCACACCUGGUUAUGUGAUGGAGACAGGGACUGCAGGGACAGCACUGAUGAACAAAACUGUGGCUCCUCUUACCCCCCAGUGUUGCCGUUCUGUAAGGCUACCCAGUUCACCUGCUCAGAUGGCUCCUGUGUCGACCGAGCCUUACUGUGUAAUGGUCAGGAGGACUGUGCUGACGGAAGUGACGAAGGAACUCAAUGUGUUGUGGACCACUGUGUGUUACACUUCGGAGCCUGUAGCCAGCUGUGUGAUGCAACAGAAAGUUCCUUCAAGUGUUCCUGUGCGGACGGCUACAAGUUGGAACCAGAUGGCAGCACUUGUCGGGCCAUGGGAGAAGAGCCGUACCUACUUGUUGCUGAGACCAGCAGCAUCAGAAAGGUUGUUCACAUUCACCAUAGCAACAGGACAGACUACAUGCCCGUGGUUAGGGGGGUGGGCAGCCCCGCAGCGCUGGACUACCACCUGGCUCGGCAGAAUCUGUUCUGGGUGGAGUCUGGCAGUAUCAAGUCAGCAGGUCUGGAUGGAAGAGGCAAUAAAACUAUUCUUACAGGUCUUGGUGAGGUGGAAAGCCUUGCUGUUGACUGGGUGGGAGAGAACCUAUACUGGACAGACUCAGCCAAAAAGUACAUUGCAGUAUCCACACUAGAGGGCCUCUACAAAACAAGUGUGGUGAGCUCUCUAGGACUGCUCAAGGCCCUAGUACUGGACCCAAAGAACAGGAACAUGUACUGGAGUGACUGUGGUGCGAUUCCCAAGAUUGAGAUGUCUGGCAUGGAUGGAUCAGGCAGAGAGAUGAUCGUGAGAAAGAAGCUCCUGUGGCCUAUUGGCCUGUCCCUGGACCAUCCUUCCAACAGGCUCUUCUGGAUGGACUCCAAACUCAAGGUCCUAGAGUCCACAGACCUGCGUGGGGAGAACAGAUACCUGAUCCGAGGGUUGGACGUUGGGCAGCCCUUCUCCAUGGCUGUGUUUGAAGACCUGGUGUACUGGAGUGACGACAGAACCAACAAAGUCAAGCUGGCGCACAAGUACACAGGAGACAGGGUGUACGUGUUGGUCAGGGCCCAGCAACCCACUGGGGUGAAGAUGGUUCAUCCACUCAACCAGAUUGAAGCCCCUAACCCCUGCAGGAGUGGAGAUGGGAACACCUGCAGCCAUCUGUGUCUGCUGUCCCCCACACAGCCGCAGGGUUACACCUGCAUGUGUCCUACUGGCUGGCAGCUGCAUGAUGGGACAACCUGUCAGGACCCACAGUCACUGUUCCCCGAUCCUACCGUGGAGAAUUGUGGUGAAGACAAAUUUCAGUGUGCCAAUGGGCGCUGUAUCCCCUCUCACUGGGUCUGCGACACUGAUAAUGACUGUACCGACAAUUCUGAUGAAUCUGAUUGUGGAGCGGUGACGUGUCCAGCCGGCCAGUUCCAGUGUCUGCAGGGCUACCCAUGUAUCCAGAUGUCGUGGCGGUGUGACGGUUACAGGGACUGUCCUGAUAACUCGGACGAGGAGGGAGGAUGUGGUACGACCCUACGCUUCACUACUAGGAACAAGCGCGCAACUACUGAACCCAAGGCCUGUGAGUUCCAGUGUAAGUCUGGACACUGCAUCCCCCAGACCUGGCACUGUGACCAUGACACUGACUGUUCAGAUGGCUCAGAUGAAGAGGACUGUGACUAUGAGGGCUGCAAUGAGGGUGAGUUUCAGUGCGAGAAUGGACAGUGUAUUCUGGGGAGUUGGAAAUGUGACGGGGACAACGACUGUGAGGAUCGGUCUGACGAGGCAGAUUGUGGCAUAACGGCAGCCCCAGACUGUGAUGGUUUUCAGUGUGCCGACCGUUCCCACUGCAUCCCUAAUGUCUGGCUGUGUGACUUCAAGAACGACUGCCUAGACGGCUCUGAUGAGAGCAACUGCACUCAGAAGGCGUGCCACCCCAUGGAGCUGCAGUGUGGGAGCGGGGAGUGUGUUCCUCUGCGCUGGAAGUGUGAUGGAGACCAGGACUGCAGUGACGGUGCAGAUGAACAGGACUGCACCACAGGUGAUUUUGUGGACUGUGCAGAGGGGUACUCCUGUGGGGAUGGCCUGUGUGUGCAGUUACAGGUGGUCUGUGAUGGCACUUCCAACUGCAGGAAUGGGAAAGACGAAGGGGGCAAAUGUGGUCCACACCUGUGUGAGACAUCCCCAUGUGCUGGGCCAGCUGACUGUUACCCCACACCUGAAGGCCCCCUCUGUCACUGUCAUGUAGGGUUCAACAUCAGCUCGGACAAUGUCACAUGUGAAGAUGUGAAUGAGUGUGCUACACCUGGCAGCUGUAGUCAAGGCUGUGACAACACCAAGGGGUCCUACAGGUGCAGCUGUAGGGAUGGCUACCUGCUGGAACUGGGAACAAAGUGCAAGGCGCAAGGCCCCAAUCCAGUUCUCGUGGUAUCUUCCCGAAACGACAUCCGUACCCAAGACCUGAGGACAGGCCAGUACAGCUCUGUUGUCAGUCACCUCAGGAACACUGUUGCACUGUCCUUUGACAGUUUGGAGGAAAGGUUGUACUGGACCGAUGUGUCUGAUGAGACUAUCUCCUCUGUCAAGCUGGGGGGAGAAGACAUCAGGAGAGUGGUUACAACAGGACUGAAGACCCCAGACGGCCUGGCAGUAGACUGGGUGGGGAGGAACCUGUACUGGACAGAUGCAGGCACCAACACCAUCUCUGUCAGCACCAUGGACGGAGCCCACCAGACUGUGCUGCUGAGUGACAACCUGGACAAGCCAAGGGCCAUAGCAGUGGACCCCAGAAAUGGUCUGCUGUACUGGACUGAUUGGGGUUAUGAACCUAAGAUUGAGGUAGCCGGAAUGGACGGGUCAGAGAGGAGAGUCAUAGAAAACCACCUGGUGGGCUGGCCCAAUGAUCUGGUCAUUGAUUUCUCCCUGGACAAGAUCUAUUGGAUUGAUGCCAAGCUGGACAUUGCUCAUAAAAUGGAUCUAGAUGGUGGGAAUAGGGAGAUUGUAAUGGAGGAACAGUUGGAGCACCCGUUCUCCCUGGCCGUGUUUGAAGACUUCCUGUACUGGUCAGACUGGCACCUGGCCUCGGUGCAGACGGCAGACAAGUUUACUGGCAAACAUCAGCGUGACAUGGUGAAAGGGAUGAGCCAACCCAUGGGCAUCCUGGUCUAUCAUCCUCUGCAGCAGCCUACUAUGCUUAACCCAUGUGAAGACAGCCCGUGUUCCCACCUGUGCCUGCUGAGACCAGGAGGAGGGUUCACCUGUUCCUGUACAGAAGGACUACACGUGGCUGUGGACGGACGCACCUGUAUCGAUGACAGUUCGCAGGCCUACCUGCUGUUCUCCAUGCACACUGAGAUCAGACAGCUGAACCUGGAUGGGGUCUCCAGCACUUCAGAGGCCCUGAAGCCGGCAGGGGCACAGAGUGUUGUAGCGCUGGACUUCCACUGGGACAAACAGAUGCUGUUCUACAGCGAUGUCACUUCUGAUGUCAUCUACAGGACCUACCUGAACAACACAGAGAGAAGUGAGGUAGUGGUAGACCAGGGUCUGCACACUGUGGAUGGUCUGGCCGUAGACUGGCUGGGAGACAACCUGUUCUGGGUAGACUCUGGCAGGAACAUAAUUGAGAUGUCCCGUCUGGACGGGGCCUAUCGCUCCACCUUCCUCAGGCACAGACUGGACAAACCCAGGGGCAUCGCUGUGGACCCCGUCAACGGGUACUUGUUCUUGAGUGACUGGGGCAGUGACCCUAAGAUUGAGCGUGUCAACCUGGAUGGAGCAGACAGGAGAAUCCUUGUCAGUUCUGGUCUCAAGUGGCCUAAUGGCAUCACAUUGGAUUUUACAGAGGGAGAGCUGUACUGGGCUGAUGCAGGGACAGACAGUAUAGAGUCAGUCCACACAGACGGAGGAAACAGGAGGACAGUCCUGGAGAACCUGGAGCAUCCGUUUGCUCUCACCGUCUCUCAGAACAGGAUCUUCUGGACUGACUGGAACACAGCCUCCAUCCACAGUGCCAAUAAGCACACAGGCAUCAGCUCCACUGUUCUUCUGAGCAGACAGCAUGGCAUCAUGGACCUCAAGCUAGUGGAUGAAUACAGGCAGCAAGGUACCAGUCCCUGUGCUGUAAACAACGGUGGGUGUAGUCACUUCUGCCUGAACACACCUGCUGGACACAGGUGCACCUGUCCAGACAACUUGCACCUGGAGGGGAACACCUGUAAAGAGUAUGAGAAGUGUCCCUCAGACAUGUUCCAGUGUGGAGACAAGAGCUGUCUGGCAGAAGAGCUGGUGUGUGAUGGGAACGUGGACUGCCAGGAUGCAUCAGAUGAGCACAACUGUCAACAUACCUGCUCAGUGUUUGACUUUACGUGCACCAAUGGGCGGUGUAUCAUGGAGGCCUGGCACUGUGACGGGGAGGAUGACUGUGGGGAUGGGUCAGACGAGGCGGGCUGCCAGCCGGUCACCUGUCCUCCUCAGACCUUCCUGUGUGAUGGUUACAGGUGCUUGCCUGAUGGAAGAAGGUGUGAUCAGGUGCAGGACUGCACAGACGGUACAGACGAACACGGCUGUCCUGACACAGACUGUAGUGCCGAGCAGGGUCUGAUCCCGUGCCAGUCCGGAGGCUGUGUCCCCGAGCAGUGGCGCUGUGAUGGCCACCCCGACUGUGACGACGGCUCGGACGAGCCCGCGGACUGCCCCACCCCGACCACCACCUGCCAGACCACCGAGUUCACCUGCACCAACGGGGCCUGCGUCUCCCACAGCUGGGUGUGUGACGGUCAGGACGACUGUGGGGAUAACUCAGACGAGCGCAGCUGUGAGGGGCAGGCUGAGACGACGUGCCAGGGGGAUCAGUUCGCCUGCAACUCUGGUGUCUGUAUCCCUGACAAGUGGAAAUGUGACGGAGACGCCGACUGCAGGGAGGGAGAGGACGAGGAGGGAUGUGGUGUUGCAGCAUGUGGUGCAGGUGAGUUCAGCUGUGGGACCCACGUGUGCAUCCCUGUCAGGUGGAGAUGUGAUGGAGACAAUGACUGUGGCAACAUGGCAGAUGAACAGGACUGUGUGCACCAGGCUACAACAACUCCACAGGUGCCCCAGACAACCGUGGCUGCCUGGAGAGAGUGUGGACCGGAGGAGUGGAAGUGCCUGACCAGGGAGUGUGUACCUCUGUCCCAGGUGUGUGAUGGGAGGUCAGACUGUGCGGAUGCCUCAGAUGAGGGAGGACUUUGUGCUUCUGUGUGUCAGGAUAAUGGUGGGUGUACAGGAACAUGCCACGCCACCCCGGGAGGGAGAUGGUGCAGCUGCCAUCCUGGGUACAAGCUCCUGGAGGAUGGGGCCACCUGUGCAGACAUCAAUGAGUGUGCAAGUCCUGGCAUGUGUAGUCAGUUCUGUACCAACGACAAAGGCACAUACUACUGCUCCUGUGAUGAGGGCUACAGACUGGAUCCAGACCACCGAACAUGCAGGGCAACAGGAGGUUCAGCUAAGUUGUUGUUUUCAACUGGCUAUGAGAUCCGAGCUAUGAACCUGAACAGCAGGCAGUAUGAAAGUGUUGUGGUGGACAAUGCCGGGCACAUGGUCGGCCUCGAGUACAACCUCAACUCCCAGGAAAUCUACUGGACUGACGCAACACUGGGUACCAUCAACAGGUUAUCCCUGACCUCAGGUAACUGGAGUAAGUUUGUGGAUGGUCUGGAGUCACCUGAUGGCCUGGCACUGGACUGGAUCGGGAACAACCUGUACUGGACAGAUGCAGGCACCAACAUGGUCGGGGUGUGCAGUCUGCCGUCCUGUCAGCACAGAGCUGUCCUGUUACAACACAACAUAGACAAACCAAGGGCGAUUGCACUCAACAUGGCAGAGAGGACGCUAUACUGGUCUGAGUGGGGGGUUGAGCCCAAGAUAGAGCGAGCAGACAUGGACAGUGGCAACAGAAGGAUGAUCAUCACCACAGGCAUCUUCUGGCCCAACGCACUUGUUGUGGACGACAUCCUGAAGAGACUGUACUUUGCAGACGCACGGCUGGAUAAGAUUGAGUACUGUGACUAUGAUGGGAAGAACAGGGUUUCCCUCCCCACCACUGUGAAGCACCCCUUUGGUCUGGCCCUGUUUGAAGACUUGAUGUACUGGACUGACUGGCACAGAGAGGCCGUGGAGUCUGCCAACAGGCUGACAGGGGAGGACACUGUCAAAAUAAAGGACGGGCUUCACAGACCAAGUGGUAUUAAGGUCAUGCACUCUGUACUCAGGAAGUCAGCACCAAAUCCCUGCUCCUCAGCACCCUGUAGCCACUUGUGUCUGCUGAAGCCUGGCGGUUUCAGCUGUGUGUGUCCCAAGGGAUACGAGUUCAUCCCAGGGAGCAGGGCAGAAUGUGUGCCUACAGUCUUCCCCACCUCAACACCUGCCACUGAAUCAUCUGAAGUGAGUCCCAACAUGCCUGCUGGAUGUCUCCGUGGGUACUGCCUGAAUGGAGGGACAUGCAUGGUUGUUGAUGGGUGGGUGGAGUGCAGGUGCCAUCCAGGGUUUACAGGGCUCCACUGUCAGCAUGGUCCUGAUGUUGUGAAUGACAGCAGGUCCAGUCCUCAAGGCUCUGAAGAUCGUGGCUGGAUUGCAGGCCUGGUCUGUGGAGUUCUGCUGUUGAUCCUCAUCGUGGGGAUUGCUACUUACUACAUCUUUGAACAAAGACGCAGACGUCACCUGGGGACCCUCCCCAUUAUCCACUUCUCUAACGUCCUGUCCAGCAGAGGUAAGGGGAACAGUGAACUGAGGAAGCUGAUGAAGGGCCACGAGCCUGACCCUCCUGAACCCAAACAGAAGAAGAUGUCUUACUCCAACCCACUCUACUCACCUGUGCCUCCCGAUAUUGAGGAGAACUGUAACAACCCCAAGAUCAUCCACGUGGUGUCUGCGGAGUCGCUGGAGACAGCCUGUUACCCCGGUAACCUGGUGUGUGAGGGAGACGCUGCCUCUUCCAGCAGCAGCACAGAGGAUCUGGUGGAGGGAACCUGCACCGAAACUCAGGGGCUCGUCUGAUGGGGCAACGACUGGGCACGCAAAUAUCCAAGCCAUUCCAAGUCUUUUGAUGCUGCAAUGUUUUGGGACAUUCCAACUACCAUGUAACAAUGUCAGAAGGACAUGAUCAAGAAGUUCUAAACCUUUAAGGGAACUUCAUGUGACUUUGAAUUCAAUGGAACCCUAAUACCAAAAAAGUGUUGCAUGUUUCAAGCUUUUACUUGACCAAUUGAUACAUGCUCAGUUCUGCAAUACAUGACAUCAGAUUGGUGAUAAGUGUUGCCGUGUUGCCUUAUAAAUGGCCUUAAAGGCCUACUUCUCCUAGAAAAUAUGUGAUUUACUGUUGGUCCUGUGCCGACUUGCUGCUCACAGUGGAGCUGAAACACCCAUAGAUUUGUUGUUGUUGCAUAAAUGUUGUUUCUCUGACCACACUCCUGACAGGUAGUCAAGAUAAGUCAGAUGUAACAUUGCCUUAAUGUGUCUGUGAAAACUCAGGCAAAUAAUUACUGUCCAGAUGUGCUUAUUGUAAAUCUGUCCUACCUCAUGUUUGAGGAUGACAAUAAGACUAUCAGAGCUGCUUCCUAGGGCUGCUAUAGUUGUAAAUAUCUCUAGAAUGCAAAGAAGAUCCUAUAGUUGCAAAGAUACUGCUUUAGUAGACCAUAUACUUGUAUAUAAUUGCUUGGAGAGAGUAUAUAUGAUUAAAUUUCUGCUUACAGAAAAUUAUAAAAGAAUCUGUCCAUCAACACAUUUUGACAAUGUUGAAACCAUCAUGUCCAUUGUGCGUUUACACCUGUAGAUACAAAUUCAAUGUUGCUACUUAAAUGUAACAGAUCAAAAGUUUAAUGUCAUGAGGUAUUCCUCUUUCAUGAUGUUGCAGGAAUAUUCUGUAGCAAAUUACGGGAGGAUUAAAAAUCAGUUUAUGAGUUGGAGUGGAUGUUAGUUUUGAUAUUUAUUGAAUGGCUAGAACAUAAUAUAGGGGAUUGAUGCAUACUUGAAAUACUUUGAAUUGUGUUUGGCAUUUUCCCAUGGCUAGAUCCUGAAUAUUUUACACUGUGCCACUGGUGAGAUUUGAGUCAGAGGUGGUGUUAUAUGUAAUGGAGAUGGCAGCUACACACAUGGCCAUGUUUGAUAGUCAUGUCUACAAGGUGUUAUUGCAAUCAUAUCAACAAUCACUCCACUCUGCACUUGUGGACAACUGUAGGAGGGCCUACUUGUAACUGUGUCAAAUACUUUUGUGUGUGUGUACAAAUAAUUUCAGUCAUUUGUCAGAAUGAUGUGGACCAGAGAAAGCUGAAAAAGUAGUCAUUAGGAAGUGUUUGACAAGUUCUGUUAUCAUUCGUACAAACUUGUUAAACUUGUUUAAGAAAAGUGCCCUAGCUAUAGAAUAUAUCAAAUGAAUGUACAUUUUUGAGAGAAAUACUGUAGUAGAGGUAAGACUAUAAUGUCAAUGCAGGGCAAAGGCUCAAGUUGAAAUUGUUGCAACAAAUACUAUUAUACGUCAUGCUUAUAUUUUUUUUCCAUUUAGUUGCUAUUUUAAAUGUUGUUUAUAAUUUUGUAUAAAAUGUUUGAUGAAAAAAGUAAGUUUUGAAGACUAGCAUUUAUUUAAGUUGUUUAAGUUGGUUUUGUUGAAACAUUUAAAAGCAAUCAUAAGUUACCUAGGUUUACGGCGCAUACCAGUUAUAGUGUCUGUGUUUCAAUGUUGAACGUCAGACGUGUAGCACUUCUCAUGCAUAACUUGAAUAAAGACACUGUUCACCUGUCA